UCACAUUUCCACUCACAUAUUACAUUCCCUCAGCUCCCCAUUUCUCAUUCCUUCCUCUUCCUUAGAUUAUCAUCCCAGAGAUCGUCGCCUCCGCCGCCGUCUUCUUCUUCUUCUUCCUCUUCCGGUGAUCCUCUAAACGUCGCUGCAAUUGUUGAUGGCCACCCGUGUUAUCCCUCCAAGAAUCCUCCGGAAGGUCCGUUACAACACCGCUUCCUCCACCAAGCCUCUCAACUACCCCCAACCUUCUCUUUCCCCUGCCGCCGCUUCCGCCGCCGGCGCCGCCGUUGAACCCCCCGUUUUUCUUGAGAGAACGUCCAGCCCUCAGAAGCCUCCCGCCGGCCCCCUCACCGGGGAGAGUCUCCUCAAUUUCGACGACGUUCAGAGGCUGUUCUCGUUCGUCCCUACCUCCAAGCUCCUCCGAUCUUCCGCUGUCCUGCAUGCAACCGCAUCCGAAUCCAUGGUGGAUUUCGGAAUGUGGGUUAUGAAGUCCAAGCUCUUGGAGGUAGAGCCGCUUCGGAACAUCAUUUUCGCCGCCGUCAGACGAACUUUCUUUGACCAUUUCUGCGCCGGCGAGGACGCCGCCACCGCCGCUCGUAGCAUCAAGGGACUCACCGACGCAGGAUUACGAGGCAUGCUCGUGUACGGCGUCGAAGACGCCCACGACAACGACGCCUGUGAUCGUAACCUUAACGGAUUCCUUCACACCGUUGACGUUAGCAGAUCGCUUCCACCGUCAUCCGUAAGCUUUGUGAUAGUGAAGAUCACUGCGAUUUGUCCCAUGAGAUUGCUAGAAAGAGUAAGCGAUUUGUUAAGAUGGCAACAGAAAGAUCCAAGCUUGAAUCUUCCAUGGAAGAGAGAAACCCUACCGGUUUUCUCAGAAUCCAGUCCUUUGUACCAUACUCAAACCAGACCAGAGCCUCUGACACCAGAAGAAGAAUCUGAUCUUGAGCUCGCUCACCGGAGACUCGAAGAAUUAUCACGACGAUGUGUUCAGGCCAAUAUCCCCUUGCUGGUUGACGCCGAGCACACCACCGUCCAGCCGGCGAUCGAUUACUUCACGUACUCUUCCGCCGUCGAGCAUAACAGAGGCAACAACCCCAUCAUCUUCGGGACGAUGCAGACGUACCUGAAAGAUGCCAAAGAGAGGUUGUUGAAGACGACGGAAGUUGCCGACAAAAUGGGAGUCCCAAUGGGAUUCAAACUCGUCCGAGGCGCUUACAUGUCAACAGAGGGAAGACUCGCCGAGUCACUGGGUCAACCGUCUCCGAUUCACAACACCAUUGAAGACACCCAUAAGUGCUUCAACGACUGUUCGUCUCUGAUGCUGGAGAGGAUCGCGAAUGGCUCCGGGGCUGUCUCCGGCGGAGCGGUGGUCCUGGCGACGCAUAACGUGGAGUCCGGGAAGCUCGCGGCGGCGAAAGCUUGGGAAUUGGGGAUGGGGAAGGUGAAUCACAAGCUUGAAUUUGCUCAAUUAUAUGGAAUGUCAGAAGGGUUAUCGUACGGAUUGAGCAACGCAGGGUUUCAGGUGAGCAAAUAUAUGCCGUUCGGACCGGUGGAGAUGGUGAUGCCAUAUCUUCUGAGAAGAGCUGAAGAAAACAGAGGAAUGUUGGCUGCUUCUGGGUUUGACAGGAAGCUCAUGAGCAAGGAACUGGCAAGACGACUCCAAGCUUCUGUUUUCUGAAGAAGAAAUCAAAUUCCAGAAGAAAAGAAGCAGUGAUGAUGAUGGUUUUAAUAAAGAUAAAUAAGAGGAAUAAUGAGGUGGGACGGAAGUGUAUGUUAUUAUGGGGGAUAGUUUUUGCUUUUGAGAUCCAAGAAUGAGAAGGGAGUGUGAAGGAGGUGAUGACGUGUGUAUUCAUGUAAAGAUUAUUUGGACAGAUAAAAA